CUCCAAUUUCCUGCUAACAGACCCAACUCCCAUCUUAUCCAGUUUGGUUCACUGAAGAGAGAGAGAGAGAGACAGAGACAGAGAAGAGAAUGGCGAUGGCGUACGCUUCGUCGCUGGUUAUGUUCACGUCUCCUUCGCCGAAACCCUACUAUGCCUCUCUGCAGAAGACUCAAUUUCUUGGGUUCCCUGUCGCAGCAUCAUCCAAGCCGUCCAUUCGACCUACAUCCCUCAAUCGGACGUUCUGGAUUCGUUGCCAAGACCAAGCCGUUGUGCCCUUGGAACAGCGGUGGAUGUUUGACGAAUCUGUCGCCAAAGGCCCAGAUAUUUGGAAUAAGACAUGGUACCCUAAAGCCGCAGAUCAUGUGAACACAGAUAAACCAUGGUAUAUUGUUGAUGCUAGUGAUAAAAUUCUUGGAAGAUUAGCGUCAACCAUAGCUAUUUAUAUCCGUGGGAAAAAUCUGGCAACCUAUACUCCUAGUGUAGACAUGGGUGCAUUUGUCAUUGUGGUUAAUGCAGAAAAAGUUGCGGUCUCUGGUAAAAAGAGGACCCAAAAGCUCUACAGGAGGCAUUCAGGAAGACCAGGAGGAAUGACGGUUGAAACCUUUGAUCAGCUCCAAAAAAGGAUUCCUGAAAGAAUUAUUGAACAUGCUGUCCGUGGCAUGCUUCCUAAAGGGAGGCUUGGUAGAGCCCUAUUCAACCAUCUUAAGGUGUAUAGCGGCCCUGACCAUCCGCACGAGGCCCAGAAGCCCAUGGAUCUGCCUAUAAGGGACAAGAGGAUACAAAAGCUAACAUAGGUUCAAAAGCAAACUCAACCAGGAGAUGCCGUAAGCAAGCUUUCUCUCUUUUUCUAGGAGGUUCACAUCUUCUCUAUCUUUUUUUUGCUCGUAUGGGGUUCCUUUUCAUUAUUUGGCUCCCUUGCCACAAUAAAUGGCUUCUUGUUCAUGUUUUUAUUUUUAUUGUAGAGGCAUUUGGUUACAGUGUUGCCCAUAUUCGAGCCUGUUGUUUAGUAGAUAAUUUUACUAUGGCUCCCCCUUUUUAUACACCAUUGCCUUGUGUUGAACAUAUGCAUGUUCAUUCUAUCCAUUUCUGGCUACCCUCAGUGGCGUCAAGUUUUAA